AUGUCUGUCGAAGAGAAGCGUUCCUCCGGACCCGGAUCGUGCCAGUCUCUGGACGACGAGAAGUACAUCGCUGGUGACGUCGCGGUGGACGUCGUUGCUAAGGAGGUCCAGGCAGUCGCGGCUGACAUCGAGGAUGCGAUCCAGCACGCGAAGGGAAUGUCGCGCGAAGAGGUGGACGACGCCCUGCGGUACAUCUAUGAUACUUUCGGGAAAGACCCCAACUUCCCAACGCACACCAUUCAGCUCAUCGAGAAGUACUUCGACGGUGAAGCUGCUGCCACGGACCCCGUGGAGCAGGCCAGGCUGUACGAGGAGCUCAAGGUCGAAGCCGCUCUCGUAAUCAUCGACUCGCCCUACGCCGAGGUCCGCGCCGUGGUCUCCGCAGAGGACGACCCGGAGAUGCCGUCAUUCACCAUUCGCGCCUUUAUCAUCGGGAUGGUAUACGUCUGCAUCGGGGCGUUCAUCAACCAGUUCUUUGGGAUCCGGCAACCGAGCAUCACUGUGGACUCCAACGUCGCGCAGCUGCUUGCAUACCCCGCUGGAAAGUUCCUGGAGAGAGUUCUCCCCGACUGGGGCUUCGUCGUCCCGUUCUUCGGCGAGAGGCUUUCUCUUAACCCUGGACCGUUCAAUAUGAAGGAGCACAUGGUGAUCACGAUCAUGGCCAACGUCGGUUUCAAUACUCCGUACACGACAUCGAUCGUUUGGGUCCAGUUCAUUCCGCGCUUCUUCAACCAGCACUGGGCGGUGAACUUCGGGUACCAGGCUCUUACCGCGCUUUCCACAAACUUCAUCGGCUAUGGUAUUGCCGGAUUAACGCGUCGUUUCCUCGUGUAUCCCGUGUAUGCGAUCUGGCCCAGGAACCUCGCCAUCAUCGCGUUGAAUAAAGCGUUCCACACGGAGGUGAACGCGGUAGCGAACGGCUGGAGGAUCUCGCGCAUGCGCUUCUUCCUCUACGUCUUCGCCGGCAUGUUCGUGUACUUCUGGUUCCCGAAUUACAUUAUGGCCUUCCUAUCUUACUUCAACUGGAUGACUUGGAUUGCGCCGAACAACGUCCUCCUUGGGGCGGUCGCCGGCAGCGUCGGCGGACUUGGGCUGAACCCGAUCCCGACGUUCGACUACAACCAACUUACGGUUAUUGGGAAUCCCCUUAUCAGCCCCUACUUCACCACGGUCAACAUUUUCCUUGGUGCCCUCGUAACGAUGCCGAUCGUCCUCGCUAUCUGGGUGUCAAACGUCUGGUUCACUGGCUACCUCCCGAUCAACUCGAACGGCGUCUUCGACAACACGGGGGCUAGGUACAACGUCUCGUUGGCCAUCAAUGAUGAGGCAUUGUUCGAUGCCGCGAAGUAUGAAUCGUACUCUCCUGCUUACCUCGCCGCAGGGAACAUCCUCAUUUACGGUUUCUUCUUUGCAAUCUACUCCGCCACGCUAUCUCACGCGUACUUGUACCAUCGAGAUGCAAUCAUCUCCGGCUUCAAGGAUCUCAUCAGGAGGAAGAAGUUCGACAAGGAUGCCAAGUAUGACGUGCAUGCUCGUCUCAUGUCCUCAUACAAGGAGGUCCCAGAGUGGCACUACGCGAUUGUGGUCCUAGUUUCCGUUGCCCUCGGCGCUGCCGGUGUCGGUGCUUACCCCACGAACACGAGCCCUGCUGUCGUCCUCUACGGUAUCUUCCUCGCGUUGAUCUUUAUGAUCCCCGCCGGAAUCAUCCUCGCGGUCACCAACGUCGAAGUCACGCUCAAUGUUAUCGCUGAGUUCUUCGGCGGGCUCUGGUUCCCCGGCAACGCGACCGCGCUCAACUUCUUCAAGUCGUAUGGCUACGUAACGACCGCGCACGCGCUCGCCUUCUCGUCCGACCUGAAGCUCGCGCACUACACCCACAUCCCGCCGCGCAUCACGUUCUGGUGCCAGAUGGUCGCGACCGUCGCCUCCACCUUCGUCUCGCUCGGGAUCCUCAACUUCCAGAUGACCGGCAUCGAAAACGUCUGCGACCCGCACCAGAGGGACCGCUUCACGUGCCCGGGCGAGAACACGUUCUUCACCGCGUCCGUCCUGUGGGGCACGCUCGGGCCCGCGCGCAUGUUCGGGACCGGUCAGAUCUACAACCCGCUGAUCUGGUGCUUCCUCAUCGGCUUCAUCCUCCCCUUCCCCGUCUACUAUCUCAAGGAGCGCAUCCCUAUGCUGCGCUACUUCCACCUUCCCGUGUUCUUCGCGGGAGCCCUCACCUGGGCUCCUUACAACUUGUCCAACGUCUGGCCCGCCGUGCCGCUCGCGUGGUUUUUCAUGGUCUACAUCAAGAGCCGCGCGCUCGCGUGGUGGUCCAAGUACAACUACGUUAUGGCUUCCGCACUCGCCUGCGCGAUCGCCAUCUCGGGCAUCAUCCAGUUCUUUGCGCUCCAGUUCUCGGACGUCGCGAUCGACUGGGUCUCGAACAACAUCCCCUUCGAGGGCUGCGACUCGAACGGGUGCCCAUUCCUCGAGAUCCCCGAGAAGGGCUUCUUCGGUCCUGGAGUCGGAGAGUUUUCUUGA